AUGAAUUGGUUGUAUAGCUUUAAAAAGGAAAAGCUCAAAAAAUGCAAAGUCUCAGAUACUGCUUUAUAUAAGAGCAAAGAUGAGAUAGAAGGCAAAAGACCAGCUAAGAAGAGAAAGUUCAAUUAUUACCAGCAUUUGGAAUUUCCUGAAGCAGAAAUUCCUAUUGCAACUGAGGAGGAUCAUAACCAGGAGGAAGUCAAGAAGCCAAUUGAACUUGAGGAAAUUCCAGUUGGAAAUAUUUAGAUAGCUAAGCAGCAACCAGUCAAAGUAGAACGGAAGCCCACUCGUCAAUUCUAUAUGUUCUAGGACAAGUUUUAUAAGGAUUUGAUGUAGUACAGAUAUAAUGCAAAAAAGAAGUAAUAAUGA